CUCUCUCUCUGGAUUCUCCGCGUGGAAGGAAGACGAGCUGCCAGGCUUCCUCUGGAAAGCGACUCCGCUUUAAGGUUUACCCAUCCACCCAAACCCAAGGAAUGCUUCUUCCCUGAUGCGGUUCCACUGAGCCGCCUUCCCGAUCCCACCCUCGCUCUUCUGUUGGAGAGAGCCGCUACGGACGCGCGUGGAUGAGCUGGCCGUCGGUGAGAGGAUCGCAGGGGCUGUGUGUGUCUGUGGACGGAGAAGGAGGACAGAUCUACACCCGCCUGCCAGCCCAAUGCGGGGUUUGGGUUGAGCAUGGGGGGUUAGGUCUGGAUCUCGGCCCCCCCCCCCCAGUGGACGAGGCAGCGAACACGUUGAUGACUCGUUUCGGCGUCCUACUCCGAGAAAAAGUGAGCGAGGGGUCUGAAGGGCCGCAGUACAGCAUGGAUGAGCCUGAUGACGCACAGGGUUUAGGAGUGAGCGGGAGGAUGAGUCCGUGCUCCACUCUGACCAGCAGCACCGCCUCGCCCCCCGCCUGCAGCCCCUGCUCCACCCUUCCUCCUGCUGCUCCGGGACAGGCCUUCAGCAGCCCCACCUCCACCCUGGAGAGCAGAGACAGCGGCAUCAUCGCCACCCUGACCAGUUACUCGGAGCCGAUGGACAGGAGUGGGAAGCACGGGGACGGCUCUCGAGGCAGCAGCCUGAAGCUCUGGCACUCGCACAGAUCCACUCUGGACUCCAGUCUGUACCGCGUGGAUGAGAACAUGACCGCCUCCACCUACAGCCUCAACAAGAUCCCCGAGCCCGGCUCCGCCCACUGCUCCACUCACCCCGCCCCCCUCUACCUCAUGCCCCGCCCCAACUCAGUGGCAGCCACCAGCUCGGCUCAUCUGGAGGACCUGGUGUACCUGGAUGAUCAGAGACACGCUCCGCUGCGCAUGACGCGACAGAACACGGCCGGGCAGGACCUGCGAGUGCGGUUCGCUCCAUACAGACUGCAGGACAUCGCUCUGAAGCCGCUGCUGUUCGAGGUGCCCAGCAUCACCAUGGACACUGUGUUCACUGGCCGUGAUUGGCUCUUCCAGGAGGUCGAUGCCUACCUGCGCCCCGCCCACUCCUCCACCAAUCGCGGCGUGGUUCUGGUGGGCAGCAUUGGCUACGGCAAAACCGCCAUCAUCUCGCGCCUCGUGGCUCUCAGCUGCCAUGGAAACCGCAUGCGACAGAUCGCCUCCGACAACCCACAGGCGUCGCUGAAGCAUGGAGAGGGCAUCCCUCUUACACAGCCGCAGACUUCCCAUGGUACACUGGGAGGAGGAAGUUGCCCUGGAACUCCGGAAAUGAGGAGGAGGCAGGAGGAGGCCAUGAGGAGGCUUGCAUCACAGGUCGUGGCGUAUCACUACUGUCAGGCCGAUAAUGCAUACACCUGUCUGGUGCCGGAGUUUGUGCACAACGUGGCAGCGCUUCUGUGUCGCUCGCCGCAGCUCGCCGCAUACAGAGAGCUUCUGCUGAAGGAGCCGCACAUUCAGAGCAUGCUCAGCCUGCGAUCCUGCGUCCAAGAUCCACCCACUGCCUUCAGACGAGGCGUGCUAGAACCGCUGGACGCACUUUAUAAAGAGAGGAAGAUCACUCCAGACGAAGACCUCAUCAUUCUCAUUGAUGGUCUGAAUGAGGCUGAGUUCCACAAACCAGACUACGGGGACACCAUCGUGUCUUUCCUCUGUAAGACCAUCAGCAAGUUCCCAGCCUGGCUCAAGCUGCUGGUGACAGUCAGGACCUCCCUGCAGGAAAUCACCAAACCUCUGCCCUUCCACCAAAUCUCUCUGGAUGCUCUGGAGGAGAAUGACAGCAUCGACCAUGACCUGCAGAGCUACAUCCUUCAGCGCAUCCACAGCAGCGCAGAGAUCCAGAACAACAUCUCCCUCAACGGCAAGAUGGACAACACCAGCUUCGGCAAGCUCAGCUCCCACCUCAAGGCCCUCAGCCAGGGCUCCUUGCUCUACCUCAAGCUCACCUUUGACCUGAUCGAGCGCGGCUAUCUGGUGCUCAAGAGCUCCAACUACAAGGUGGUGCCGGUCAGUCUAGCCGAGGUCUACCUCCUGCAGUGUAACAUGCGCUUCCCCACGCAGUCGUCCUUCGACAGAGCCCUGCCGCUGCUCAACGUGGCCCUGGCUUCGCUGCAUCCGCUCACCGAUGAGCAGAUCUACCAGGCCAUCAACAGCGGCUCGAUGAAGGGAACGCUGGAGUGGGACGACUUCCAGCAGAGGAUGGAGAACCUGUCGGUGUUCCUGGUCAGGAGACGGGAUGAGACUCGCAUGUUUGUGCACCCGUCCUUCAGAGAGUGGCUCAUAUGGAGAGAAGAGGGAGAGAAGACCAAGUUCCUCUGCGAUCUCAGGAACGGCCAUACGCUUCUGGCUUUCUGGUUCUCCAGACAAGAAAACAAACUAAACAGACAGCAGACAAUUGAGUUGGGUCACCAUAUCCUGAAAGCACACAUAUUCAAGGGACUGAGUAAGAAGGCUGGAGUUUCUUCAUCAAUCCUGCAAGGGCUGUGGGUGUCAUACAGCACAGAGAGUUUAUCCACAGCUCUGUCAUCGCUCAGAAACCUUUACACGCCCAACAUAAAGGUGUCCCGGCUGCUGGUUCUGGGCGGCGCUAAUGUGAAUUACCGUACGGAGGUGUUAAACAACGCUCCGGUGCUGUGUGCGCAUGCUCACCUGGGCUACUCCGAGAUGGUGCACCUGCUGCUGGAGAACGGCGUCAGUGUGGACUCUGCAUCUGAGAGCGGCCUCACUCCGCUGGGCUACGCCUCCGCCGCCGGACACCUGGGCAUCGUCACUGCCCUGUGCAAGAGGAGAGCCAAGCUCGACCACCUGGACAAGCUUGGUCAGUGUGCUCUAGUGCAUGCUGCUCUCAGAGGACGUCUGGAGGUGAUGAAGUUCCUCAUUCAGAGCGACUGGGGCCCCUCCCCUGCAGAGUCACAGGCCACGCCCUCUCAUACACAAGCCACGCCCCCGGAGUCACAGCCCUCCAGCCCCGAGCGACAGGAGGAGCCGCAGGAGCCCAAGCAGAAGCAGGAGCCUCCAGAGGAGUCCAAACAGCAGACACAAGCAGACACUCAGACGUCUCCAAAGCCUGCCACCUUCAGCAAGAGCGUGGCAGUGCAACAGGCCUUUACAGCAGCAGCCAGCAUGGGUUACACUGAGGUUGUGUCUUAUCUCUUGGACUUGCCUGAGAGGGAUGAAGAGGACAGUCAGCGCGCUCAGAUUAACAGCUAUGACACCCUGUGGGGGGAGACAGCGCUGUGCGCCGCAGCAGGCCGAGGGAAGCUGGAGGUCUGUCAGAUGCUGCUGGAGCAGGGCUCUUCCGUGGCUCAGCCCAACCGGAGAGGAGUGCUGCCGCUCUUCAGCUCUGUGCGGCAGGGCCACUGGCAGACUGUGGCUCUGUUGGUGUCGCACGGAGCAGACGUGAACCUGGCUGAUAAACACGGCCGUACUGCGCUCAUGAUGGCAGCUUCAGAGGGACACCUGCACACGGUGGAGUUCCUCGAGGCUCAGGGUGCGUCUGUGGAUCUGAUGGAUAAGGAGGGUCUGACGGCGCUCAGCUGGGGGUGUUUGAAAGGACAUCUGUCUGUGGUUCGCUGUUUGGUGGAAAGAGGAGCCGCGACGGACCACGCAGAUAAAAACGGACGAACGCCUCUCGAUCUGGCCGCCUUCUAUGGAGACUCUGACGUGGUGCAGUUCCUGGUGGAUCAUGGGGCUUUGAUUGAGCAUGUGGACUACAGUGGGAUGCGUCCUCUGGAGCGCGCCGUCGGCUGCAGAAACACGUCUGUGGUGCUCGCCCUGCUGAAGAAAGGAGCCAAAAUCGGUCCUGCUACCUGGGCCAUGGCGACAUCGAAACCUGACAUCAUGAUUAUCCUACUGAGUAAACUUUUAGAGGAAGGAGAUGGCUUCUACAAGAAGGGUAAAGUGAAGGAGGCAGCUCAGCGCUACCAGUAUGCUCUGAAGAAAUUUCCCCGAGAAGGAUUAAGUGAGGACCUGAAGACCUUUAAGGAGCUCAAAGUGUCUUUGUUUCUGAACUUGUCUCGCUGUCGGAGGAAAAUGAAUGACUUUGGUAUGGCGGAAGAGUUUGCUACCAAGGCUCUGGAACUGAUGCAUAAGUCUUACGAGGCAUUCUAUGCUAGAGCCCGUGCCAAGCGUAGCAGCAGGCAAUUCGCAGAAGCACUAGAAGACCUGAGGGAAGCCAUAAAGCUGUGUCCCAACAAUCGUGAAAUCCACCGCCUUUUUCAGCGCGUGGACGAGGAGUACAGGCAAGCUACCCAAUCAGAGGAGCCAGAGCUUGAGCCUCCUCCAUCCCCACCACCAUCUCCCUCACCGGUGGAGGAAGAUGAGGAGCCCCCUCAUCAUACCCCUCCUCCUGAGCCAAGACUGGAUGACAUGGAGCCCGUCCAAGACUUGUUUGAGGAUGACGACUUCCUGGAACAAGAGCUAGAGGCCGUGUCCAUUGGUUUUGCUUCUGACAUUCGCUCGAACGCUUCGAGCCUUGCCAUUAUAUGCAGUCCACCCCUUUCUCCACCCCAUCAUGACACUGGCUACCUAUCUGGAGGGCAUGCCUUCGAGUUCCACCCAAGCUCCUCCUCCAUGUCAUCUCCUACUCAUCAUAGUUACCAGUCCACCUCUCCAUGUAUCUCUCCAACACAUCAGAACUCCCACUACCGUCAGAGUCCACCGCACACCUCUCCAGCCCAUCAGUCCUCCUACCACUUCAGCCCUCCACCCAUUGGCAGUGGAGGGAACCAGGGGAUGGACUACCAGAGUCCUCCGCCAUCUCCUCUUAGGCGUGGGGUUCCGUUCAGAGGUAGCCCUCCGAUGGAGAGCGUGUGUCUGUAUCGUUCCCAGUCUGGCUCAACAGUCCGCUACCAGCAGGAUCCUCUACCUAGCCGCCCUAAAUCGCCACUGUUGAAGAUGGGCAGCCAGCGGUCCUUCCAACUCCAGUCGCAACCUUCCCAGAGCUCUCAGACCAGCCAGCACCACCAGGUUCAGGGUCUGCGCCUGCAGCCCUCAAUGGCACAAAUCGUACGCACUAACCAGCCCAGUAACAGCAUGUACAGCCAGUUGGCGCAUCCGCUUAGCAGUAGGUACCAAGGUAGCUCCAUGGAUGUGGACAGGGACAGAGAUCGAGAGCCGAGGCUGGUGUACCAACCCUCGCUGGAUGGCCGGUCAAUGUCUCAAGUGCAAUCCAGCCUCAGUGUGGGCGCUCUCUGUCAGCAUGGGGGCCGAGGUGGGCCUGCUGGGGUUCUGGAGUCAAACUUGGGGAAAGAUGAGAUCCCUCAGCGACCCGCUUCGGCGUACCGCUCAGCUACAGGGGGACCCGGAGGCAUGCGCUUCAGCCAAACACCCCAGAUAAGCCGCAGUCAGUCAGCGGCAUACUAUCCAGUCUCCAAGCAUGAACUCGAGAGAGCGGUGGCGGCUUCUGCUCUGCCACCGUGCCAGCUGGGCUCUCCGGAGAUCCCGCACCUAGUGCGCAGACCUAUCAGUGCCAACACAAGUGACCUAAAACAGCAUGUACCAACCCCUAGACCGCUUAUCCACUCCCAGAGCGUAAAUCUUCGCUUCUCCCCAUCUAGCGGUAAUAUCUCCUCAGGCUCCAGCUGUAAUCUAGCCCCUGGCUUCAGGCCGUCCUCCUCCAUGGCUCAAAUGGAAAUCCCGCUGCAGGCUGCAUAUGAACGGAGCUUUGAUGAGCCAUCUGCCCUGUCGCCCUCUCAGAGCGGACUGUACUCGGGCGAACCCGCCCGAUCCCGGACCACUCCGUUCAUGGGCGUCAUUGACAAGACCGCAAGGACUCAGCAGCAGUACCUCCACCAGACUUCCCGGGCCUGGCCCAUGUCAUCUCUGGAAUCACUUAUCACUAGCCCCACGUCGCCUGGGAAUCUGAUCCACCAGGCAUCCACAGCCUCCUCCUACAGCCCGCCUACAUCUCUAGGCAAUAUUGCCUACUACAAUAAGACCAAUAAUGCCCAGAAUGGACACAUGCUAGAGGAGGAGUACUACAUCCAGCCCCAGCCCUCCUCCCUGGGCAAGCUUGCCAAUGGAGCGGCCCGUGAUCGAGACCACUUGGAGCGAGUGAGCCAGGCGCCGACGUACCAGGAUGUUAAGGUGGCACGGACAAUGCCCGUGGCACAGGCAUACCAGGAGAACAUGUACCGUCAGCUUUCCCGCGAUGCCAGACAAUGUCCCACCUCGCCCAUCAAACCAAAGAGACCGUUUGUGGAGUCAAAUGUUUAAUAGGCGCCCAAAAGGGUGGGCAUAAGGUGUGAGUGACAGUGAAUGUGUAGGUGGAGGUUAUUAAAGCCAGUAUUUUGAAUAGAGGAAACGGCAUAGUAGAAACACUUUUAAUAAACUAAAAAAACAGUGUUACAGAAGUUGUGUACAAUUACCUGUGCCUACUUUAAGUCAACUCAAUCUGUUGGUAAAAACUUGAGUGCCAGACACGCUACAAAUACCCUGGCAGCACCCUUUUGGAGCAUUGGAGUAAAAAAAAUGUUCUUUAAAGCUCUGCACAUUAUUAGAAAGCACAUUUAUUGACGUUCCACAACAGAGGCCGACACACAGAGGAAUAGUGUGUCUUGCCAUCGUUCCCAGCACUAAAGCGGAAACGCAACUGGCAAUCUGUGUUGAACUCAUUCCCUCUCUCACUUAAUCCUUCUCUCUCUCUUCCCAAUGAAACUAAACUUUCUGGACAU